GGAACUCCUUCGAUACUUUGCUGUCUCUGGCGAAGACAGACAACAUGCUGCCUGCUGUGGUGAAGCUCUGCUGUGGAAUAUCCUACCCACACCUCAGGAGCAUGUCAGGGCUUCAACGCACAGCUGUGGCAGUGAUAAGCAAGGAGAUCACGCAAAUGAAGCACUGGGCCCAGAUCAAACAUCACAUCGGAAAACCUGCUGAGCCCAAAACAGAAGUGGCGGUGAGUGAAGAUCAGCUGUUUUACAUACAACAUGGCAAGGAAGCACUGCGGAAGGCUGUCAGCAUGCUGGAGGACGGUGAAGGAUGGAAGCUGGAAAUUCAAGAGAACAAUGGUGAUGUGAUCUGUAGCAAAGUGAUACCGGGGGCUGGGAAGGUCUUCAGGCUGGAGGCAGUAUUGGAAGCCAGCUUGGACGACCUCUAUGACCUCCUGUUUGUCAGGGUUGAGAACAUGCACGAGUGGAACCCGAGCAUACAGCGAGUCAAAGUUUUAAAACGAGCCGGACCCGAAACAAUCGUAACUCACGAAGUUUCAGCUGAGACGGCAGGGAAUCUUAUUGGACAAAGGGAUUUCCUCAGCGUCAGACACAGCUGCAAAGAAAAAUCCUGCCUUUAUCUGGGAGGAGCGGCAAUUCAGCUGGAGUCUUUCCCACCUCAGGCUGGAUUUGUGAGAGCUGAGGACGGGCCGACCUGCAUCGUUAUUAAAGCUCUGGAUGAGGACACAAGGAAAAGCAGCUUUACAUGGCUCCUCAACAUGGAUGUGAAGGGCUGGCUGCCUAAGUCCAUUGUCAAUCAGGGUUUGCCUCGAGCACAGCUGGAUUUCACAAGACAUCUUCGGAAACGUCUCAGUCUGAGAUGACUGAGUCCUCGUGACCGUCACACUGCAGCAGCCCCUUGCCCUGGUUCAGAGAAGGCGGGGGCACAGUGACAGACUGCCCGAACGGCAAGACGCUACCCUGUUGAAACGAAAUGCUGCCCGGAUGAUAUGACCUGCUUGAAGAAGAGCGAGCAGAAGGGAGAACCAGCCUUCAGGUGGAUGGAAGCUGGAUUAUAAUAGGAACAAAUGUCAAAUUGUGCCACUUAAACCUCUCAGAGAUUUCCUGUUUAAGAGUCACAACUUGUCUCUUGAUACAUGACACCCUGCAAAUGACUGGAUAGAAUUAAUAAAGUGCUUAAAUGCGCGUGUA